AUGGAUGCAUUCCAAAUGAGCCAGACAAUAUUAGACAUUAAUUCAUGUGAAAUUCAAGCUAUCAUUCUCUUUUCAAUAUGUUGUGGAAUUUUACUUUUUGGUUCACUGUUUAUCGGAGUGAUUACAGUAAGCCAAAGAAGACGAAAGCGAAAGGAUAUAGAUGAAGAAAACCUUCAGAAAUUGUUACGAUUUAAAAGGACCAGAUUGAUACCAAAGUAUGCUGAGACUAUAUUGACUGGGAAAAAUUACUUUGGACGAAUUUUGUUAUUGUUAAGAAGUUUAUCAUGUCUAGUGUGUAUGACAAUCUACUUAUGGAAUACAUAUGAAUCUGAUCGUGACUUUUGUAUACCAUUCAAUGGACAAUCAAGAUUCUACAUAGAAAUGAGUUGUAAUUCAAUCUUUCUACUAAUGUUUAUCUUAAGAGCAAUUGCUUCGAAUGAUUUAUUCGCAACUUGGAUGUCAAUCUAUUCUUUAAUUGAUCAUUGUACAAUAUUCAUCAUAUUUUCAACAUUUAUAACAAAAAAUUAUCAGUUUACAUUUGGAUUUUUAUACUUCGCCAGACUUACAAAAAUCCCUGAAUCAUUAGUCCUAUUAAGAAUAAUAAAUCAGGAGCGUUCUAUACGUUCUGUGAAUUUAAUAUUUAAACUGCUGGCUGCCUGGACGAUUAUAGCUGGGAUUAUACUUGUACUUGAAAGAAUUGGAAAUUUCUGGACUGUUGAUAAUGUGCACAGAAACAUUGAGUAUUUGGACUGCUUAUACAUGAUUCUUGUAACACUGGCUACAGUUGGCUAUGGAGAUAUUGUAUGCACGAGUUAUCUAGGUCGGAUUUUUAUCAUAUUUGUUAUAAUUGGAGCGCUUAUAACAGUUACAACUCAUAUGUCGGAACUCAGUGAAUUGUUUCUACAGAAUAAUCAAUAUCAUAGAAGUAUUUAUAUUGAACACAAUCCAAGGCACAUAGUUGUAUGUGGAUCUAUAAAUUACAAGACAGUUUCAAUAUUUUUCAAUGAAUAUGUAAACGCUGAUAAAGGUCAUUAUGAUGAAAAUAUGACGAUUGUUAUUUUGUCUGAGAAUGAUCCUGGUAUUCGUCUGAAAGCUUUGCUUCAAAGAGAAAGUACUACUAUUACAUUUUUGAAGGGAUCUGUGACAAUACCAGAAGAUUUGGAUAGAGCCAAAGUAAGAACUGCAGAAGCUGUGAUUAUUCUAUCGAAUAAGCGCAGUCAAACACCUGAUGAAGAUGACUGGAAAAACUUGAUGUGUGUUGUUUCCAUUAAAAAUUUAAAUCCAAAAAUUCGUAUCAUCUGUGAACUUAUGUUGUUUGAAAGCAAAGGAUGGAUGUCAAAUAUACCUGGAUGGAAUGAAUAUCAAACUGACCAGUUUGACAGAGCAAUUUGUAUGCCUCAAAUGAAGUUUGGUCUAUUAGCCUUGAAUUGUAUAUCAAAUGGUGCAUCAACAUUGUUAUGCAAUUUUAUUAUGCGUGAUUCUGUGCCGACAAGUUCAGUUACAAAAACCUUACCCCGUUGGAUUAAUGAAUACCUUCACGGCACAAGAUAUAAAUUGUAUACAGUCAGAUUUUCUCGUGCUUUUGAUGGGAUGAUGUUUCAACAGUUAGUUGGAUUAGCCAUGGAACUUUGGGGUAUACUUCUAUUAGCUGUACACAUAUUUAUUGAUAAUGAAAAGACACAAAUGAUUAUCAAUCCCGGUGGCAGAAUGCGAAUAAAUACCCAUCGAAUGCGAGCAGUUGUUCUGGCUAAGAAUUUAAUCGAAGCACAACGCCUAAGGACAUUUACUAUGGAUGGUCAACUGAUGUUUGAUAAUCUCGGUCAAAUCAUACUUACACCAACAACACAGGAUCCAGAUAAUAAUAACCGCGAACAGUCGAAAACACUCCUUACCAGAAGAACACAGUACACUAAACAAAUUAAAACUUGUAUGAAUUUUCUUCGAGAACCACUUACAACAUAUAAGAAAAUUAAGCGAAGUAAAAUAUUCCCUAAAAUAUCCAAGUGUGCAAGUAAUUUUUCAAUUACAUCGCAUUAUCGUCUUCCUCAAAUGGACAGUACGAUCCCCGAUUUUACACGUGUACAAAGAUUGAAUUCAGUUGACCUACAGUGUGAUAGCACUGGUUUAUUUUAUUGGGUAGCUGAAAGGAAAUUCUCAGAUGUCUGCUUGACAAUGAAAGCAAUGAUUCCGUGUCAAUUUAAAAAUCACAUCAUUGUCUGUAUCACAAAACAGCCUAAAGGCAUAAAACUAGGACUAGCCAGUUUUGUCCUCCCUUUAAGAUCAACUUCUAUACCAAUUAAAGAAGUAAAACCAAUUAUUAUUGUAUGUGAAUCUAAAGUUAUUGAAAAAGAAUGGCGAUCAUUGAAAAAUUUUCCAGGCAUUUAUGUUUUAUCAGGAUCACCUUUAUAUAGAGCCAAUCUUCGAGCGGCUGGAGUUGAAACUUGUUCAACUUGUGUUGUCCUGUCAUGUUUACAUGAUACUUCUGGAAGACCAUCAUUAAUGAUUGAUAAAGAAAGUAUUUUAUGCACUUUAAAUAUUCGCCAGUUAUUAGCUGAAGCCAAUAAAACAAAUGAUACCGAACGAAAUCAACCUAUGCUUGUCACUGAACUUUACGACCUACACAAUGCAAGUCUUUUAUCAACUGCUUCAAAGAAUGGAUCUACCUACUUCAGCCCAUUAAUUGCUUCAGGAAAUAUUAUGGAGUCAAAUGUCCUGCAUAGUCUUUCAUCUAAUGUGCUAUUCGAUCCAACUGUUAUAACAUUUAUUGAAACUAUACUAGGCGGUGGACCAGGCCAUGAAGUGGAAAAAGUAUUCGCUAUUGAUAGUGGUUUCUUUCCAGGACUAAGAGGUCAACCUGUCAGUACACUGAUGUUUCCAGAUUAUCUAACUGGGAAUUCAUCCUAUGAAGUUAAUAAUAAUAAUAAUAAUGUCAUACAUAAUACAAAUAAUCAAGUUUAUUCAAAAGAUACACAGAACACUUUAACAACUAUUGGAUCUGAUUUUGACUCAGUAACCACUGAACAGUUUAAAGUAUUUUUUAAAGAUAAUAAUUUAUUGAAAAAGCUAUUUCACUUUGAUCCUGAGCUGAAAUCACACGAGUUGAAUGAUAAUUGUAUGGAAAGUAGUAGAAGCACAGCUGGUGAGACUUUCAGUGAUAUAGACAAUGCAAAGGAGAAGAUAAGCAGUACCAGUGAUCAAGUAACAGAUAAUGAACAAAUCAAUGUCAAAAGCUUUUUAAGUUAUAAAACUGAAACAGGAGAUGAAGUUACAGUUCGUUUAUCUCAACUUUUACUAGUCCCACUCGAAGAAUUGAAUAGUGAUCUCCACCAAUUGGCAUCACAGAGAAUCUUGACAUUCAAUGAACUGUUUCAUACUGUGUUGGUGAAUACUGGAACCAUAACAGUUGGUCUAUAUCGUCGAGUUGAAGACAGUAAAAAUACAAGAGAAGAUGUAUCAUAUGAAAAUGCCCAUGAAGUCAGUGCAAGAAUUGAACGAUUUGUUUACACACUACCAGAGCCUAAAACAUUAAUAUAUCCUAACGAUAUGGUCUAUUGCCUUACAGCUAUGACAGAAAAUCCAAUGACAGAACAACAAAUAUUAUAACACAAAAGAAAGCUAGAAAUCUUUAAUUCUUUCCACA